CCAGGGCUGCCCUCGCCCCGCCCGUGCCAGGCCCUGCCGGUGAGUCCUGCACUUGGGACCCCGCCGCCUCCAUCAGCACAGGUCCCAUGGCGCUGGGCCGAGCCGUGCUGCUGCUGCUGCUGCUGCUGAGCCCCCUUCGGGCGUGUGGGGCUGAGCUGCUGGAGCCGGGGCUGCCCCGGGACGGGCAGUGGGUCUGGGGGGCGGCCGAGCCCCUGCCCCUCUCCCGUGGGAAGAGGGAUGACAGCAGGAAGGGGCUCGGUGUCACGGCGAUGCUCAGCAGUGACAGGAGCGAUGGUGUCUCUGUGCCGCCGCCAGCACCCGGCACCGAGGCCAGGCUGCUCCCUGUGCCAACCGCGGCCGAGCCCUUGGAUGAUUCCCCCGAGCCUGAGCUGCUCCUGAGCUCUGCAGCACCAGAGCCCAGCACAAACGCCAGCCUGCUCCGGGUGCCUGUAGUGUCCACCACAGCCGAGCCUAUGGAUGAGACAGAUUCCCCUAAACCCGAUUUACUGGAGGACUCUGUGGAACCAACAGUGCCCAGCCUGCUCCAGGUGCCUGUGGUGUCCACCACAGCUGAUCCCAUGGACGAGACCGAUUCCCCUGCUCCCGACCUGCUCCUGAGCUCUGCCCCACCACCAGCACCCAGCACCAAGGCCAGCCGGGCGCCCGUGGUGCCAAGCACAGCUGAUCCCAUGGACGAGACCGAUUCCCCUGCUCCCGAUCUGCUGCCAGGCUCAGAGCCCCAAAAGAGCAUCGCCACCACCACCCGCAGCUGGCUCACGUCCCCCAUGGAGGAGAGCACAGUGACUGAUGGCCUGGACAGCCGCUCCUCCGCGGGACCACGCUCAACAGCCCCUCCAGCCUUUGUCCUCACCACCACGGGCUACAAGAACCCCAAGAAAUACGGGGCUCCGCCUGCAGCGACCCUCCCGGCCUCUUGGGACACCACGCCGGAGGCCACCGCGGUGCCCUGGGAGCCCAGCGGGAUGAUGAUGAGCAAGUGCCUGCUGGCCAUCCUGCUGCUGGGGCUGGUGGCCGCCACCUUCCUGGUGUGCACGGGGGUGCUGGGGACGCUGCUGUGGCGGCGGGCGCGCUCGGGGCAGCGCCGGUUCAGCCGCACCGAGAUGGUUUGUAUCUCCUCGCUCCUGCCCGACGCCGAGGCGGCCGCCGGUCCCCGGCCUGUCCCGGCCCGGCGGCACAAGCUGCUGCUGCCCGACGGCAGCUCCGAGCCCGAUGGAGACAACCUGACUCUCAGCAGCUUCCUGCCGGAGCACUCCUGAGCCUCGGGAGUGGCUCCUGCAUCC